GCAUAUCUACGGGGCCUACGUACUAUUUGUAGACCGGCUCUCAAUGCCAGCUCAGGCCCAGAGCUGAUUUACGAAGCCUGGCACCAGUGCAGAGCGGGGUAAAUCGCCCGACUAUGCUGAGGCUGGCGAUGAUCCAAACGCCCGGCUUCUAUGCAGUCAUGAAGCCUGACGCCCGGCUUUACCUACAGCCAGGAAUCCUAACGCCCAGCCUAGUCCUCUAUGCAGUGCCGCUGACGUAGUAUCUUACGUCCCGUGCCAAAGGGGGCCGGUUACAACAAGCCCCGUAGAGGCUAGAAAUCUCCGUCCCUCCCGCGCGGAAGGAGACAGUGAUCUCCACGAUGGCCUGCCGUCUGGCAGACAGAGCUGUUUACCGCAGACGACCGAUUUUGGGAGCGCCAAACCCUUGGUGUUCCGUUUUGAUUUCGUCCUUAGCGACAGGAACGAGGAUUUGGAAGGAAGUCGUGUGGCGACAACACCGUAGCGACAAUGAGAGUCGGGCGGCAGCAACACCGCACCGAUGACAAGAAAAGCGUUCGGCCGCAACAUCGGCCUAACGACCGAGUCUUCGACUCUCUGCCCAUUAGGGGCAGAGGACAAUGACCCGGAAAGACCGGUGGCUGAAUCGUUCGGUGAAGGCGACAGUGAGUUUGGUGGUAUCCAGCUCACUAGUCGAUUUUUCUCACUAUAUAUCACUUUCCUACAGACUACGUAAGGAGGCUGUUGAGGGAAUGAGAAUGGCAGCUUUCCCAGUGCUAUCGUCGGGCUCCCCAAUUGGCGCUUGGCGUAAGCAGAUUGCCUCAAACUCUGACGCAUUGAAACCCUUCUGUUACUCGGGGCUUUGGGUAGGCCCUCCUAAUGAUAUAAAUAAUACGUAGGCUCCGUAGGUAGUGUAGUCAUUCAAUUCAAUCCAUUCGUUCUAUAUACUGUAGUCUACUGUCGCAAUAUUUCGGUCCUUCCAACAACACUAUCUCAAGGGAGCGCGUCCCACGUAUUAGCGCUGUCAGUGUCUACCAAGCGAAUCAAGAUCAUAAAAACCCCGAAAAUGGCAACGGGAAUAUUUUCUCUUUAGAGAAUAUCUUCUUCCUAUGCUGGCCUUUUAAAUAUUUAUGCCAGAAUGUAUAUUUCUCAUCAAUGGAAUAAAUUAUCCACCAAAAGAUACCCAGCAAUGGAUUAUAACUUUCUUAACCUCUGGAAAAAUGCUUCAUCAGAUAACUCUUUGCUACCUAACUCACCAUAUGACAAACUAAUAUCUCAGAAUCAACUGGCCCCAUCACCUCCAGAAGACUACGCUGACAGCCUAGCCAUCUCCCAAGGAGCUCCAAGAAAUAAUAACCUCCAAGCCGGAGAAGUCAUAACGAAAAUCGAAGUCAUUUUUGAGUCGCUCUUCGAUUGCAUUAUAAAUGAAAAGAAAUGCCUCGUUCUCCACAUCAAGUCGAGAGGGGGGAAUGGUCAGCAAACUAUAGACGCUGCCUCGGGGGCGAUUCGAAAUACCAGGAAUGUUGAGACAAAGGAGAUCACUUUUCCUGGAAAGACUCAGAAAGAGGCUUGGAAGUUUGCGGCCUUGCUCCGAAUAUUGGAGUUAUCUCAUGAAGCUCUGGUUACUGGGAUUGUCACCACCAAAAGGCAGGUGAUUUCUCAUAAAUCUACACUCAUAAUUCUCCCACCCAAGCCUUGGGAUAUCCUUGGGAUAUCAACAGAAGCAUCUCGACAUUCAGCCUGUCAUAAUCCGGUCCCUUGCUAACCCACCAAAGGGACAUCUACUACCGCGACCCCGACCUCUUCAUCAAACAAGCAAUCGUCGACCGCUACAUCGACGACCUGGCAUUCACCCUCAACAUCCCCCGCGACGCCCUCAACAUCGUAGCCACAGCCAAAGGCCUCCUCUCUGGCUCCCUCCACAUCCACAAGCACGAUGGCCAAAUCGUCGACUGCUCUUCCGAGAACGAGGGCAUCCUCGUACCAAAUACAAAAGAUAUAUCACACCUCUCCUUCCCAUCUUGCAACUGGAUUCUUGUGAUUGAAAAAGAAGCUACCUUCCGCACUCUCUCCACCACCCACCACGCACGCACAUCCCGCGCCGGCCCUGGUCUUCUUGUAACUGCAAAGGGGUACCCCGACAUCGCUACCCGCGCCCUUCUGCAUCUGCUGUCCUCGACGCGGGGCUGUCCACCGAUUUAUGUACUUACCGACUAUGAUCCGCACGGAAUAUCGAUUCUAAGCACCUACGCGCACGGCUCAGCGAGCUUAGCGCACCAGAACGACGGAUUAGCAGUCCCCGGCUUGCGGUGGCUGGGCGUGAAACUCGAGAGUGCUGUGGGUACGCAGAUUCGGCAGGAUGAAGACCGGGGAGGCGAGGUGCCGGGGAUUUUGACACUGACGAAAAGGGAUAGGAGACUGGGGAGGAGCAUGUUGAUGAGGCAUCCGGCGAUGGGGGAGGUGGGGGAGGAGGAGUGGAGGAGGGAGGUGCAAUGUAUGUUGUUUUUGAAUUUGAAGGCAGAGAUUCAGG